AUGUCAAACCAGGAUUAUUACGGCCAAAGCCAAGGGCACGCUCAGGGCUACGGGGCCUACAAUCAGGGCUACCCUCCUCAGAACCAGGCCUAUGGGCAACAGGAGCAUAAUCAAUAUGGCCAAAACAGUCCUACCCGCAAGGACAGCCCUUACCCUCCACCUGCGCAUGACCCAUACGCACAAGCACCUCAUGAUGCAUACGGUGCUCCUCCACAAGCCCAUUAUCAGCAAGGCUACGACCAAAACCGGGAGCAUUCCUACAUGCCGUCUGGGCAUCAGCAACCUCCCUACCAUGACCCCAACCAACAAUACGGAGCACAGCCACAAGGCUAUGGUGAUCAAACGCACGGUCAACCUGGCGCCGAAGGAGAUCGCGGGCUUGGUUCAACUCUCGUAGGAGGAGCCGGCGGUGCGUUCGUGGGUAACAAGCUCGGAGGUGGAACGCUUGGUACUCUGGGAGGAGCGCUUUUGGGUGCUGUUGGAGCCAACAUGAUUUCUGAUAAGAAAGAGAAGAAGCACAAGAAGCACAAACACAAGAGGCAUGGCUCUCAUGGCUCGCAUGGUUCGCAUGGCUCUGACCAUGACUCUCAUUCGCAUCACUCGCACCACUCACACCAUCACUCGUCUGGUCAUAGCCACAAACAUAAGAGCCAUAGCAGAGGGCUGUUCACUUGGCCUAAACAAUAG